AUGACGGAACCAGACUCAUUACUGAAAGGAUUGGCUCGCUGUUUGAGCUCAUGGUUCAAAGGGAAGCAGAGCUCUCCUAUAUAUUCCCCACAAAAUCAGAUCAAAACUGAAUCAGUCAGCUGGACAAAACACACAGUCAGGGGGGUCUAUGGUAUUAAACGUCGCUUUGAACGCAAAGAGAACGUUCAAAGUGGGGACGAACGAGAUACUACAGCCGAUGAUAAGAAACCAAAGCGUGCACAAAGAGUCACGCGAUCACCGCCGACCAUCUUAUCGAAGCCAAUAUGGGGAGCUCUUGAUACCUACUCAUCAUGGCUCCUCACAACGCAAACAGCCCCCAAGAAAUGGCCCUCUCCUCUGAAACGAGGGGCCAAUCCCCGUAUUUUCGUUUGCAAGGCCACUAACAUCCACACCAUAUCAAAUGGCCGCGCUACCAAGGAGGAGAAGGCUAAGAGAGAAAAGACUGAGAGGACUGAGAAGUCUGACAAGGCAGGGAAGUAG